AUGGAUAUCUGGACUAUUCUGUGUUUCGUGUUUUGUUUGACUACUUUCGCUCAAGCGCAUCCUCGAAAACGGGAAAAUAAUGCUAGAAUACGUAGAGCUACAAAGGAUUUUAAUUUACAUCGGGACUUAGUUGAGAAGGCCGAUGUGUUAGAUGCAGAAAACUGCCACAGUCGAGUGAAAAGAUCCAAAUAUAAACAGAAAAUACGCCACCCUUCAAGACUUGCUCAACAUCAUCACAGCGAACACGCAAACCUCGGAAAAGGACUCUAUUUUUCGGGAGAAAGGGAACGAUUGUCUCUUAAGUUAGACAGAAGCGGCAAAUUCCCUGGCUCAAAUAAUGUUAUUCCAGCUAAGGAAUUUACUGUCUCGAUAUGGGUGAAACCAGAAGGAGGGCAAUAUUUUGAAGUGCCAAUAAUUCGUCUGCGUGACGACUGCACAGGUCCAUUCAAAGGAAUAGGGUGGACUGUUGGAAUUCAGACAACUGAUGAGCAUAAGGAAAAGGCAGCGAGGUUUUACUUCUCUCUUCAAUCGACCAGGAAUAGGCAACCCUCCAUUAUUUUUGCAAAAACAUCGUACAAACCAAAUAUAUGGACCAAUCUGGUUGCAACGUAUGAUGGUAAACGCGCCAAAUUUUUCAUCGAUGGAGCAAAAGUCGGUGUUAGCAACUCUCAAAAGGGGGAAGUGUAUCACCCAAUAGCAGAGCACUGCGGAACUAUAAGUAUAGGGGGAACAGUAACUGGUAACUCUGAUGGGGAUGAAGGAUCUUUUAGAGGAACUAUUGAGUCGUUUACUAUAUUGCCCGAAGCUUUGAAACAUCACUCUAUUAUUCACAAUCCUCAAAGCUUAACAGAAUCACCAGAUGCUGUGUACACUGAUACAUUUGAUGAUUUGUCUAAUUGGCUGCAAGAGAAAACAACAAAGGCACCCAAGCUAGUUGACUCCGAUAUUCAGGUGGACCAUCAUGAUUUGGCAGUUGUGUCGCCACCUUGCGGUCAAACAAUAUGCGAUGACCCAAAUGUUGUUAAGAGUUAUUCGGCACAUUGGGAACUUCGGAAGUCGAAAUCAAUCCGCUACAGAGUUAUUAACAUCAUGCAUGACGACGGAAGCGACCCAACGGUCACUGUUCAGCAGAUAAGCAGACAACACAAAGCUCUUAAUAAAGCAUUCAGACCGUACAACAUCUCGUUCAUACUUCAAGUGGAAAAUGUAAGGAACACUUCUCUACGACAGAGAACGGUUCUGUUUGGUUGUCUGCCUGAUCAUGUUGGUGAUGACAAAUGUCAUCCCGAAUGCAAUAUUGCCAUAACUGGUUAUGAUGGUGGGGAUUGUAGAGAGGAUACUGGAGUGUGUGACCCAGCGACAGUUGGAAACAUGCAAUGUGAUGAUAGCUGCAACACGGCCUACUAUCAAUGGGAUGGCGGAGACUGUUGCGACGCUGCAUCGGACUUGGCAAGAUGCUUUGAUCCAAAAUCACAAAACAGAGCUUAUGUGACUAUAACAGAAUACAAAGAAAGUAUUGGAAUUGAUGGGAAGGAUGCACUAAAUAUACAUUUUGCAAAUUGGGAUAAGGAUCAAAUGAUUGCCAAAGCUACAUUUCCAUGGGAGAAACACGUUUUUGGAAUCACAGGGGGAACUGUUAUUAAGCCAAGUAGCUUUGGAAUGCCAGGUAAAAUGGACAAUCUUAUCCAUGAAAUAGGGCACAAUCUGGGUUUGUUACAUGUUCAUCAUGGAGUAACGGGCGUUGACUGUAUGGACCCAUGUAGAGAAAUCAAGGCAUCCAUGGAACUUGGUGACCUCUGUUCUGACACUAAUCCAACAGUCACGAAUAGUAAAUGUGCAGACCCCGACCCUGUGGACCAAUGUGGAGUCCUGACUAAAUUCAUCAAUACACCGUUCAAUAACUACAUGAGCUACGCAGAUGGUGACGAUUGUACAGACUCUUUUACAAAACAACAGAUGGCUAGAAUGCACUGUUACUUGGACCUUGUGUACCUCCCUUGGCAAACCAUACAGCGACCGUCUCCCAUACCGCUUCCACCACAGGUGAUAACAACUUCACAUAGCUCUGUAUCAAUCGUAUGGAUUCCACCAAUGUCUCCCGGAUUCACCGGAGUGAAAGCAGCAUGCAGUGAAUGUCUACCCAAUAAAUCAUUGGUCCAAUACGCCUCAAUAGCAUCGUCACCAAAUUCCCCUGCAGUGUCAGGAUACUGGUCCCCAGAGCAGACCACAGGUCCCCCGGAUGCUGAGCUCUGUGAAGCAAGUACAAAGGCUUGGAUUCCUCUUGGGGCAAAACCCUACGGAUGCGACACUGUUGAUUGUUACAUAGAAGUGGAAUUUAAAUACCCAGCCAUUGCUCACAGGUUGUUAAUAUGGGUCGCCUGGAAUGCGGAGAUGGGGCUAAAGAAUAUAGAACUUGUAUUCAAGGAUGGCAAAACAUUAUCACUUGGACCUGCAGAUGUAUUCUGUGAUAUUCCAUACACGACAACACUUGACAUUAAAAAAGAAGUCUCAAAGGUUCGGAUUCACGUGUAUUCCCGGUUCACUAGCAUUGAUGCAGUACAGCUAGUAUCGUUUGCCAACCAUGCUAUAUGUAAACCAUGCAAACCUGUCAAGUAUAACAUAGUUAGAUCACCGCCUUUCCCAGAUUCUGACAAAAUCAUCGUCAAUGAGCCAAAGUUUGUUGAUAAAGAUGUUUCCGAUGAGAGCACAUAUACAUACAAGAUUCAAGCCAUUACGGGAGCCAUUGUAAGCCAGUUCUCCCCAGAACUUGUCUAUACGGUUGGAAAUGGGCACUGUGGAGAUGGGAUCAUUGAUAGGCUUGUGGAGGAGUGUGACGACAACAACCUUGCAAGUGGAGAUGGGUGUAGCUUCAAAUGUAAACGUGAAAAUGGAUAUCAUUGUACAGGUGAACCCAGUCAGUGUUACUACCACGAUGGUGAUGGUAUGUGUGAAGACUUUGAAAGGAUAUCUAGUAUUAAAGACUGUGGUGUCUACACCCCUGAUGGCUUUGUUGAUCAAUGGUCAUCGAACACAACUGGGGCAAGCUUGCAUAAAGACCACCACUGUCUGUACUCAACAUUAUCAGGUCCACCUGACACAAGUCAUAUAUGCAUGAGUUCUUUAGGUGAUAAUACUAUAGAUAAUUCUGAGGAUGAACAUUGUUUAACAUUCCCAUUUAGUAUGCCAAUGGUAUCAAGUAGUAUCGUGCUCCACAUCGCAGCUGAUGGUGUUGAGGAGUAUGAUGAAUCAAAAGCGUUGAAGUCCAUCUCAGUGACCUUAAUUGACACUGAAGGAAAUACACAUGAUAUUGGUGGUGAAUCUGUUGCAGUUAGGUGUAAAGAUAGCCCGAUUGAAAUCGGAUGCCAACAUGAUUUGAGCAAACCAUUCUUUCUCACACAAGCUGCAAAGGUGCGAUAUCAGUCAGGGAUAGAAAUAUCUGGAGUAGCGUUAAGAUCUCGAAAAUCGUUGUUAAUGGAUGAAGAUUGCCAGAAGAGCGACUUGUUCAACCCAAGGACGGGACACUGUUCAUCAUACAGGUGUAAAGAAGCAGUUUGUGAUAAGUUUAAUGUGAAGCAUGGUGUAGCAAAGUGUACUGGGCAUAAAGAUGAGGACACCUGUAAAAUUGAAUGCAACGCAGGGUAUCACUUAAAUAUUGAAAACCACAACUUGGUGUGUGUGAAUGGCAAAUGGAAAGGUCCCCAUGUUGAAUGCUCCCCAAGGUCGUGUGGGGAUCCUCAGAUAGACCACGCUACGUUCACGUGCGAUGGAACACAUCUUGGGAGUGUCUGCACGUUCAAAUGUGCUGGAACGGCAAGAUUAGUUGGUACAAACAGAAGAAUCCGUUGUGAAGCAGAUGGACUUUGGUCUCAAGCGGAGGCAUACUGCCAGGUGAGGUGCAACGUCCCAAAAAAGGUGAAAAACGCAGCCCUUAUAUCAAAAUCAUGCAAACAUGGACUUCAUGACGUGGAUACGAUAUGCAAAUUCAAAUGCAACAAGGGCUAUCAUGUACAAGGACUGCCAUUCAACAAGAGAAUUGCAAAGCAGAAAUGUGUGGAAAGUGGGAAAUGGGAUGGUCCAAUGUGUGUCAAGGUCACAUGUCCACCGAUAGAUGACGUUUACAUGGGUCUUUAUAACUGCACCAAUGGCUUCAACUUCGGAAGCACAUGUACAUUGAAAUGUCCAGAAAUACCAAAGACUAUUUCGAAAACAACAUGUUCUGUGGUAGGAAGAUGGAACAAGAGGAUUAAAGCGUGUACAUUUGGUAAUGGUAGAUGCUCUGCGCUCGAGAACAGUGUGCGUGGUAUGAAAUUCAUAUGUGGGGAUAAUCACAUUGGAUCUAAAUGCCAACCCGUUUGUGUCAAUCCUCAAUUGCAACCAAUGCUGGAUAAUGAGAAUAGAGCUACGUGGGAGAAACUGACUUCAAUGAAAUCUAAUAGUAUAACUUCCAUCACGUGUACGGGACUGCUGAAAUGGUAUCCUCGCGUUAGUUCUAUCAGAUGUGAAGAAGGAUGCACAGAGGCCACUAUGGGGGAUGGAUGGUGUGAUGCUGAAAACAACAAAGCACGAUGCGACUUUGACGGAGGAGACUGUUGUGAAAGUACCGUUGCUGGUCACGUGGUCAAACCUUUCCUUGACGAUUGUUUGGACGCAUGCAAUUGCAAAGACCCGGAUGCAAAUAAAAAUUCUCAACGAAUAAUGAACGAUUCUAUAAAACAAAAGAAACUAACUAAAGAAAAUGAAGAAAUUCUUGAAUACUGGUUUAAAUUAUUAGAUCUAUAAAGGUUGCCUUAUGCUGGGUGGUGUUAGGGAUAUUCCUUGCAAGUCCAUUUCUCUCUUGAUAUGAUAGCUAUAACCAUUUAUAUCA